AUGUCCAUGUUAGUGGAAGAAUGUCAAACGCCACGCGCUGGCUUUCCCAAGCCGGUGCCUGAUACUCCUUACAAUGUGCUGGAACAAUUCAGCAUGAAGGGCAAGACCAUUGUCGUCAAUGGAGCAGCCGAGGGCAUUGGCGGUGCCGUCGCAGAUGCCAUGGCCGAAGCGGGAGGCAACGUAGCCCUGUGGUACAAUUCCAACAGCAAAGCCGUUGAGCGCGCGGAGAACCUAGCAAAAGAGCACGGAGUCAAGACAAAAGCGUACAGCGUCGACCAGACCGAUGCCGCCGCCGUAGAAAAAGCCGUCAAGCAAGUUGUCGAGGACUUUGGCCGCAUCGACUGCUUCGUCGCAAACGCAGGCACAGGAGAUAGCAAGCCGCUGCUCGACCAAACACUAGAGUCCUACCACAACCUCAUGCGUGUCAACGUCGACGGACCAGUCUACUGCGCCAAGUACGCAGGCGAGGUAUUCAAGAAGCAGGGAUUCGGCAACUUGAUCCUCACAUCGAGUAUUUCGGCCCACAUUGUCAAUGUACCCGUUGACCAGCCAAUUUACAACGGCACAAAAGCUUUCGUAUCGCAUCUGGGCAAGUCGCUGGCACGCGAGUGGAGGGAGUUUGCACGGGUAAAUAUUGUUAGCCCGGGAUUCUUCGACACAAAGAUGGGUGCGGGUCCGCUGGUUAUCAACGAAGGACUGCGCAUGAUUCCUCUUGGACGACAGGGCAAUGUCAAGGAGAUCAAGGGACUGUUUUUGUAUCUGGCGAGUGAUGCGUCGAGUUAUAUGACGGGAAGCGAUUGUAUUAUUGAUGGUGGAUACGUACUACCAUAA